AUGGAUGACGAUGAUGCCGAUUACAUGCAAGGAUCCGACGACGAGGACUACGGCUUCGACUACUCCGAUGGCGAUGACGACAAUGACGCCGACGCCGCGGACGUCGAGAACAUGUACUAUCGCGCCAAGUCAAAGAAGGAAGAUGACCCCGAAGAAGCACUAAAGGAAUUCCGCGCGAUCGUCGACCAGGAGCAGGAGAUGGGCGACUGGGGCUUCAAGGCCCUCAAACAGUGCACCAAGCUCCUGUUCCUUGUUCUGCACCGCCCGGAGGAGGCCCUGAAGACCUACUCGCAGCUCUUAAAGUACACGAAGUCCGCGGUGACGCGCAACUACUCGGAGAAGACGAUCAACGGCAUCCUGGACUAUGUCGGUGGCGGGAAGGGCGGGCCUGUGGAGGUCGAUAUUCUGGAGAAGUUCUACAAUGUGACGAAGGACGCGUUGAUUGAGGCGAAGAAUGAGCGUCUAUCCGUCAAAACGAACCUCAAGCUGGCCAAGCUGUGGCUCGACAAGAAGGAGUACGGUCGGCUCUCCAAACUCAUCCGCGAUCUGCACAACGCCUCCCAGGGCGGCGAGGACGACCAGUCGCAGCGCGGCACCCAGCUGCUCGAGAUCUACGCCCUCGAGAUCCAGAUGUACAACGAGACGCGCAACUUCAAGAAGCUGAAGGAGAUCUACAACGCCACGAACGCCGUGCGCUCUGCCAUCCCGCAUCCACGGAUUAUGGGCGUCAUCAAGGAGUGCGGGGGCAAGAUGUGGAUGGGCGAGCGACAAUGGAGCAAGGCAUACUCGGACUUCUUCGACUCGUUCCGGAACUACGACGAGGCGGGCUCGUUGCAACGCAUCCAGGUCCUCAAGUACCUGGUGCUGGCUAACAUGCUCACGGGCGCGGAGGUCAACCCUUUCGACAGUCAGGAGACGAAGCCGUACAAGAACGACCCCGAGAUCAAGGCGAUGACGGACCUGGUCGAUGCAUACCAGCGGCGAGAGGUACACGCAGCGGAGAAGAUCUUGAAAGACAACGCCGCAACGAUCAUGGGCGACUCGUUCAUCAAGCAGUACAUUGGCGAGCUCUUGCGAAGUUUGCGGACGCAGUACUUGAUCGACCUCAUCAAGCCGUAUACGCGUCUUGAGCUGGUGUUCUUGGCGAAGCAACUGAACGUGGACGUCGAGGAGGUGGAGGAGUUACUGAUAGGGCUGAUCUUGGAGGGCAAGGUGGAUGGCCGCAUCGACCAGGUUGGCAUGCGGUUGGAGCUCGACAAGAAGCAAAGCCUCGAGAAGAAGCGGUAUGCUGCGCUACAGAAGUGGACGGAGACGCUGGAGUCGGUCCAUGGCGCAGUAGUGGGCAAGACCGCGGCACGACAGAACGAGGGCGCGCAGAUGAUGAUGAGUGGAGACCCAUUCUCGAUGAGAGAAGAGCGCCAGUGGAUGUAA